GAUCAGAUCAUUUCCAACUCGGGACCCGAAGUGACAACAUCUCAUGCUCGGAGUUCAGCGUUACUGAUUUUUUUUUAAAACUCUCUCUCUGUGGACCUUACUCAAGAACUGAAAUAGUUUUUGUAUUUUCACUAUCGAAGAGGAAGACACAUUAUCGGAUCUAUGAAAAAACCCACGUGGAUUUGUACAAUCAUUUUAAACCAGAAGGAAUGCAUAUUUUGUUUGUCAAACUAACUUUCUUGUUGUCGCUGAUAGGAGUAACACGAGGUCUGAGAUGCUCCAAACAGGCGGAGUCGUGUUUGAACCAGGGGAAAUGUCAAACAACUGUAGAUGGCAACGAAGAGUGCAAGUGCCGUGAUGGAUUCCUAGGAAACAGGUGCCAGUUUUCUGACCCAUGCACCGCUUCGCCAUGCGUGAACGGUGGCGUGUGCCACUACACAUUAAGCGGGAACAGUGUGGACUUCUUUUGCAGCUGCAGGCCAGGCUUCAUAGGCCCCCGCUGCCAGACUGUCAGUCCCUGCACCAGCAUACCUUGUCGCAACGGAGGCACCUGUGCUUUGGACAAUCUCCAGAGUUACAAGUGUCAUUGUCCACCUGGAUGGUUAGGUAAGCAGUGUGAGCGAGCCGACCCCUGUACCUCUAAUCCAUGUGCCAACAGUGGACAAUGCUCCGUCAUUGAGUUCCAGUACAUCUGCACCUGCACGCCCUUCUUCACUGGAAUGACCUGCACACAGGAUGUCAACGAGUGCGACAUAAAUCCAUCACCCUGCAAGAACGGCGGGGUGUGCAUCAACGAGGUCGGCAACUACCGAUGUCAGUGCCCACCGGAGUACAUAGGCAAGCACUGUGAGAGCCGCUACUUCCCCUGCAACCCGUCACCCUGCCAAAAUGGAGGCACCUGCAUCCAGAAGGGAGAGACGAGUUACGAAUGUUCCUGUGUGCCAGGUUUUACGGGGAAAAACUGCAGCCAAAACAUUGAUGACUGUCCAAAUCAUGAAUGCCAGAAUGGAGGGACCUGUGUGGAUGGAGUCAACACCUACAACUGCCAGUGUAAACCAGAAUUUACAGGCCAGCUCUGUAGAGAGGACGUCGAUGAGUGCCAGCUGAUGCCCAACGCAUGCCAAAAUGGCGGCACAUGCCACAACACCUAUGGCAGUUACCAGUGCGUGUGCGUGAACGGCUGGACCGGUGACGACUGCAGCGAGAACAUCGAUGACUGCGCCAGUGCCGCCUGCCAUCAAGGGUCCACCUGCCACGACCGGGUAGCUUCGUUCUAUUGUGAAUGCCCCCCUGGCCGCACAGGUCUGCUCUGCCAGCUGGAUGAUGCCUGCAUCAGCAACCCAUGCCAAAAGGGCUCCAACUGUGACACCAACCCCGUCACGGGAAAUCAUUUUUGUACCUGCCCCUCGGGAUAUGUUGGAGCUUCCUGUGAUCAGGACGUUGAUGAAUGCUCACUGGGUUCCAAUCCGUGUGAGCAUGCGGGGAAGUGUAUCAACACCAGGGGCUCAUUCCAGUGUAAGUGUCAGCGGGGCUUUGUGGGACCACGGUGUGAGCUGGACAUCAACGAGUGCAUGUCGAACCCAUGUUUGAACGAGGCUACAUGCCUGGACCAAAUAGGAAAAUUCCAGUGUAUUUGCAUGCCAGGCUACGAGGGGGAGUUCUGCCAAAUCGAUACGAACGAGUGCGCCAGCAGCCCCUGCCUGAACAACGGCGAGUGUAUCGACAAGACCAACGCCUUCCACUGCCAGUGCCCCACAGGCUUCAGUGGGAACCUCUGCCAGAUAGACAUUGAUGAGUGUGCCAGCACGCCGUGCAAAAAUGGCGCCAAAUGCACAGAUGGACCCAACAAAUAUACCUGCGAGUGCACUGAAGGUUACACUGGGAAGCAUUGUGAGACAGACAUAAAUGAAUGUUACUCCGACCCCUGCCACUAUGGCUCCUGCAUUGAUGGCCUGGCAUCCUUCAGCUGCCAGUGCAACCCCGGGUUCACCGGUCGGCUGUGUGAGACCAACAUCAAUGAGUGUCUGAGCCAGCCGUGCAGGUACGGAGGCACCUGCCAGGACAGGGAGAACAGCUACAUCUGCGUCUGCCCGAAGGGAACAACAGGAAUCAACUGUGAAACCAACAUCGAUGACUGCAAGAGCAAUCCCUGUGAUUAUGGGACCUGCAUUGACAAGAUCAAUGGCUACGAGUGCGCCUGUGAACCUGGCUACACUGGUGCCAUGUGCAACAUAAACAUCAACGAGUGCGCGAGCAACCCCUGUCACAAUGGCGGCACCUGUAUCGACGGCAUCAACAGCUUCACCUGCCAGUGUCCAGAUGGUUACCAUGACACCACCUGCUUCUCCCAAGUCAAUGAGUGCCUCAGCAAUCCCUGCAUCCAUGGUCACUGCGAGGACAAGAUAAAUGGCUAUAAAUGCCUGUGUGACUCUGGCUGGAGCGGCAAAAACUGCGACAUCAACAACAAUGAGUGUGAAUCCAACCCAUGUAUGAACGGAGGCACCUGCAAGGACAUGACCAGCGGAUACGUCUGCACCUGUCGCAUGGGCUUCACUGGACCAAAUUGCCAGACCAACAUCAACGAAUGUGCCUCCAACCCCUGCCUUAACCAGGGGACCUGCAUUGACGACGUUGCAGGGUACAAGUGCAACUGUAUCCUGCCUUACACGGGAGAGAACUGUGAAACUCUGAUGGCCCCCUGUAGCUCCAAACCCUGCAAGCAUGGAGGACUGUGUCAGGAAUCAGAGGACUAUCUGAACUUCUCUUGUGUCUGUCCUGAAGGAUGGCAAGGUCAAACCUGUGAAGUGGACAUCAAAGAGUGUGUGAAGAAUCCCUGUCGCAAUGGAGCAACCUGCCAGAACACUUUGGGCAGUUACCACUGCAGCUGCAAACCGGGCUUUACCGGACGCAACUGCGAAAACAACAUUGACGACUGCAAGCCCAACCCCUGCAGCAACGGAGGGCUCUGUAAUGACGAGGUGAAUGGCUUCCUGUGCACCUGCCCGGCUGGCUUUCGCGGAACAAGGUGCGAGGAGGACAUCAAUGAGUGUGAGAGCAACCCCUGUAAGAACGGAGCCAACUGCACUGACUGUGUCAACAGCUACACCUGCACCUGCCCGCUCGGCUUCAGUGGCAUUCAUUGUGAAAAUAACACUCCUGACUGCACUGAGAGCUCCUGCUUCAACGGUGGCACCUGUGUGGAUGGCAUCAAUGCCUUCACAUGUUUAUGCCCACCAGGCUUCACCGGGAGCUACUGUCAGCAUGAUAUCAACGAGUGUGACUCCAAACCCUGCCUGAAUGGCGGCACCUGCCAGGACAGCUAUGGCACCUACAAAUGCACCUGCCCGCACGGUUACACAGGACUAAACUGUCAGAACCUGGUUCGUUGGUGUGACUCAUCUCCUUGUAAAAACGGGGGAACUUGCUGGCAGACAGAUACCACAUACAGCUGUGGGUGUGAGACUGGAUGGACGGGCCUUUAUUGUGACGUCCCAAGUGUUUCCUGUGAGGUGGCAGCCAAACAGAGAGGAGUCGAUGUUGCACAUCUUUGUCAUAACUCGGGUCAGUGUCUGGACGCAGGAAAUGUUCACUACUGCCACUGUCAGGUGGGAUACACCGGGAGCUACUGCGAGGAGCAGGUAGACGAAUGCACACCGAACCCGUGCCAAAACGGCGCCACCUGCACCGACUUUCUGGGUGGAUACACCUGCAAGUGCAUGCCAGGAUACUUGGGGACCAACUGCUCUGUGGAGAUCAAUGAAUGUUUCUCCCAGCCGUGCCAGAACGGGGGCACCUGCAUUGACCUGAUCAAUACCUACAAAUGCUCCUGUCCCCGGGGAACCCAAGGUGUUCACUGUGAGAUCAAUAUGGACGACUGCAACCCCUUCACUGACCCGGUCACCAAAGAGCCAAAGUGCUUCAACAAAGGCAAGUGUGUGGAUGGAGUCGGAGGAUACCACUGCAUCUGCCCUCCAGGAUACGUGGGGGAGCGCUGUGAGGGAGAUGUGAACGAGUGUCUGUCGAACCCCUGUGACCCGCGUGGAACGCACAGCUGUAUCCAGCUCACCAACAAUUACCGCUGCGAGUGUCGCACCGGAUACACAGGUCAGCGCUGUGACACGGUGUUCGAUGGCUGUAAGAGCAAACCUUGUCGUAAUGGAGGCACCUGUGCUGUGGCCAGUAAUACACCACAUGGCUUCAUCUGCAAAUGUCCUCCUGGCUUUACUGGCUCCACGUGUGAAUACGACUCCCAGGCCUGCGGCAGCCUUCACUGUCACAAUGGAGGCACGUGCAUCUCCGGUCAUAAGAGUCCCACGUGUCUUUGUACCCCAUCAUUCACUGGGCCUGAAUGCCAAUAUCCCACUAACAGUCCAUGUAAUUCAAACCCCUGUUACAACGGCGGCACGUGUGAAUACACCUCAGAGGAGCCGUACUACCACUGUGACUGCCCAGCUAACUUCAACGGCCUCCGCUGCCACAUCCUGGAUUACAGCUUCCCAGGAGGGUUCGGCCACAACAUCCCACCGCCGCCAGUGGAUGUCACCUGCGGGAUCCCGCAGUGUGAAGAGCGCAAGUACAACAAGCACUGCGAUGUGUCCUGUAACAACCACGAGUGCGGCUGGGACAACGGCGACUGCUCGCUCAAUUUCAACGAUCCAUGGAAGAAUUGUUCGGCUGCUCUGCAGUGCUGGCGAUACUUCAAUGAUGGGAAGUGUGACUCACAGUGUGACAAUGCUGGAUGUCUGUAUGAUGGGUUUGACUGCCAGAACUUGGAAGGACAGUGCAACCCUCUCUAUGACCAGUACUGCAAGGAUCACUACGCCGAUGGCCAUUGCGACCAGGGCUGCAACAACGCAGAGUGUGAGUGGGAUGGCCUGGACUGUGCCAGCAACAUGCCUGAGAAGCUAGCCGUGGGCCAGCUGGUCCUGGUUGUCCACAUCACCCCUGAACACCUCCUCAACAACUCCUUCGGCUUCCUGCGCGAGCUGAGCCGCGUGCUCCGAACCAAUGUGGUAUUCAAGAGGGAUACGAAGGGGGAAAUGAUGGUCUACCCAUAUUAUGGGAACGAACAUGAGCUGAAAAAGUACAACGUCAAGCGUUCAGUGGACUCGUGGUCAGAGGUUCCUGGCAAAGUGCUGAAUGUGGUCAAGAGGAGCCUGCAUGACUUGGCUGGUGACAGCAAGAGAGUGAAGAGGGAGCUGGAUCAUUUGCAGAUCAAAGGUUCAAUUGUCCACUUGGAGGUGGACAACCGUCAGUGCUUCCAGCAAUCCACCGAGUGUUUCCAGAGCACACGUGAUGCUGCAGCGUUCCUUGGGGCUUUGGAGUCCAGUGGCAAACUGGAUGUACCUUUCACCAUUGAAGCUGUUUACAGUGACGUGGAACAAGAGCCUAUAGAGAAGUACUACCUAAUCUACUUGGUACUGGGCGGUUUAGGGAUGCUGGCCUUCCUUGGACUGGGAAUGGUGGCUGCCCGAAAGCGCCGUCAUGAACAUGGGCGGCUCUGGCUUCCCGAGGGCUUCAAGACCACAGAUAGCAAGAAGAAGAGACGUGAGCCUGUUGGAGAGGAUUCGGUGGGAUUAAAGCCAAUGAAAAACACCUCAGACAUUUCUCUCAUGGAUGACACCCACACUGAGUGGGGAGAAGACGAACCUUCAGAUGCAAAACGCUUUAGGUUUGAUGAGCAGGCUGUGUUGGAUGCGGAUGACCAGACAGACAACCGCCAGUGGACGCAGCAGCACCUGGAUGCCGCUGACCUGCGCAUCCCAUCUAUAGCUCCCACACCCCCUCAGGGCGAGAUUGAGAAUGACUGCCUGGAUGUCAAUGUCCGCGGUCCAGAUGGAUUCACACCCCUGAUGAUUGCGUCCUGCAGUGGCGGAGGUUUAGAAACGGGCAACAGCGAGGAGGAGGAGGACGCCUCUGCUAAUGUGAUCAAUGACUUCAUCUACCAAGGUGCUAACCUCCACAACCAGACUGAUCGGACAGGUGAAACAGCUCUUCACCUGGCUGCCCGCUAUGCCCGCUCUGAUGCUGCUAAACGCCUGCUGGAGGCCAGCGCUGAUGCCAACAUACAAGACAACAUGGGCAGAACUCCUCUGCAUGCUGCUGUGGCAGCUGAUGCCCAGGGAGUGUUCCAGAUUCUGAUAAGGAACCGUGCCACAGACUUGGAUGCCCGCAUGCACGAUGGCACUACACCCCUGAUCUUGGCUGCCAGGCUGGCAGUGGAGGGCAUGGUGGAGGAGCUCAUUAACUGCCAUGCUGAUGUCAAUGCAAUUGAUGAUUUUGGUAAAUCAGCCCUACAUUGGGCCGCAGCAGUGAAUAAUGUGGAGGCAGCCAUUGUGCUACUCAAAAAUGGUGCCAACAAGGACAUGCAAAAUAACAAGGAGGAAACACCUCUGUUCUUGGCUGCUAGGGAAGGAAGCUACGAGACUGCCAAGGUCUUGCUGGACCAUUUUGCCAACAGAGAAAUAACUGAUCACAUGGACCGGCUACCCAGAGACAUUGCACAAGAGAGAAUGCAUCACGACAUUGUGCGGCUGAUGGACGAGUACAACCUGGUACGAAGUCCUCCCAUGCAUGGGGGGUCACUAAGUACCACACUGUCACCCCCUCUCUGCUCGCCUAAUGGCUUCCUGGGAAACAUGAAGCAGCCCCAGCCUCAAGGUCAAGGCCAGAGCAAAAAGGCACGCAAGCCCAGCACCAAAGGCAUCGGGUGCAAGGAGGGCAAAGACAUGAAGGUGAAGAAGAAGAAUUCCCAGGAUGGGAAGCCUGGGAACCUCCUGGAUAGCUCAGCUGUUCUGUCUCCAGUUGACUCCCUGGAGUCUCCACAUGGCUAUGUCUCUGAUGUGGCUUCACCGCCGAUGAUGACCUCACCUUUCCAGCAGUCGCCGUCUGUAUCCCUGAACCAUCUGCAGGGGAUGUCUGACCCACACCUGGCUGUAAACCACAUGGUGAUGCCAAGCAAGCAGGAGCUGGCUCGAAUGCAGUUUGACCCAAUGCCUCCACGUCUUACCCAUCUACCUGUUACUGUCUCCAGUGGCCAGGGCGCCAUGAAUGGACAGUGUGAUUGGCUGUCCAGGAUGCAUGGCACCAUGAGCCAACCAGGUCAGUACAACCCAAUGAGAAACAACCCUGGUGGUCAAGGAGGUCUUCAUCAGGGAGGGCAGCACGGGAUGAUGACAACAACGCUCCAUAAUGGCCACCCAAACAGCAGCCUGACUCAGAUGAUGACAUAUCAGGGCAUCCAGAACACCAGAAUGGGUCCACAGUCGCACAUAUUGCAACAGCAAGCUCAACAGAUGCAGCAGAUGCAGAACCUUCAGCAGCUUCAACAACAGCAGCAGCAUCAACAGCAGCAGCAGAGCAUCCAGCUGCAGCACCAGAACUCAAACACAGCCAACACCCAAAACUUCAUCAGUGGGGAGCUCAGUUCUCCAGAGCUCCAGCAGGGCACAGGCAACUCCACCAUGCCCAUCCACACCAUCCUGCCUCAGGAGACCCAGAUUAUGCCCUCCUCCAUCAGCCAGUCAAUGCCUAGCACCCAGUUCCUCACCCCGCCCUCCCAGCACAGUUAUUCGGGCCCCAUUGACAACACCCCAAACCAUCAGGUCCAAGUACCUGACCACCCCUUUCUGACACCCUCUCCCGGCUCCCCUGACCAGUGGUCCAGUUCAUCUCCUCAUUCCAACAUGUCUGACUGGUCAGAGGGCAUCUCGAGUCCACCGACAAGCAUGCAGUCUCAGAUUGCACACAUACCUGAACAGUUCAAAUAAAAAUCUUCAGACCCAGCUGAGCUGCUGUACAUAUGUUUUGGGUUUUUUUUUUGUCUAAAAAGGCACUCUUGGAGGAAAAAGAGAAAGGGCAACGCUGUAAAUGGGAUUUUAAAAAACCUUCAUAAGCUUUUAUACUAACAGCAACAUCUGUGUUUCAUCCAUUCUUUUAUUUAUUAAUGUCUUAUUUAUAAGCAUUGCCUGCCUUGAGAAAUUUGUGGGGUCCAUGGUGUUAUGUCAUAAGCAGGGCAGUGGAUGUCCUUUAUAGUAAGUCUUUUCUUUUAGUACUUCUUUUCUGGAGUGAAGUCGCAGCAUACACACUGGGUAUUUAUUUUCCCUUAAGGACUCUUAGUCUUUGCCUUUUUUAUAUGGUUUCUCUUGUUUAUAUAUAUAUAUUUUUGUAUAAUCUUGUUUAUAAUGAAAAUCGUGAUUAAGGGGCAUUUUUAUAGAGCACAUAUUAAGUUUCAGUGUUAUUUCAGUUAUUUGUAAGCAUCUGAAAUAUCAGCUGAUGGUAAACUGUUAACAGUACAUGAAUGCCAUGUACAGGUCCUGUAUGAUAUGGGAGCUUUCAACCCCCCCCCCCCUUCCAUAAAUAUGUAGAUUCUUAGCUACACUCUUUAGAGUCAUGUCAAUUUCUUGAAUCAGUGGAACAGCAUUAUGUUGCACCUCUAGGUUUGAUUUCACUCGUGUGGAAAUGGAGUGGGGAUGUGAUAUGUUGUACAGUAUAAGGCCAUCUUGGAGAUUGGCAGUUAAGGCAGGCUUGAGUAUCUGCGAGUCCUGUGGUGUUGGAGAUCUGGCCCGUCGGCCACAGUGUAUGAUUUUGUUCAGAGGGAAAAGGAAUCUUCAUUUUCUCUCUCCCUUAGUUUGAGCCUAUGGCUGUGUUCUUCCUUCUGUAAAUAUGCCCCUCGUGUCCCUCGUAAGCAAGAUUUUGUUCAAGAAAUCUUAUGUCUUAAGCAUGCAAUUUUGAUAGGUGUUGCACCAAUCAUCAGCCUCUAAAAUGUAAAACAGAACAGAAUUUAUAUUUUGUAUCCUAUUGUCCCUUAUGCAUAAAUAAAUUUGAACUAUAUACAAAUAGACACAAUAUAUUGUUAGGUGGUGUUUUUCUCAUAAAAAAAAAUGGAAAAAUAAAUAAAUAUUGAGGUUUUAUAAAUUGAUAUUUAUUAGCUGUUCUGGAACACACAAAAAUUCAUUGAGGCAAACGUUUAUGUAUGUUAGAAAGUUUUUUUGUUACACUUCAAUGAAAUGAAAACUGUUGGUUAUGUUCUCAAGUUGUGUCCACCUAAAUGUUUUGUGAGAUGCACUCUGGUGUAGUUUGGAAAAAGUUCUGUUUUUAAAAAACACAUUAGGUUGUAUUGAAAAAUGCAAUAUCUGCAAUAUGUUUCCUUUGUCUUUAUAAAGCUAUAAUUUGCAACAAAUGUAUUUUCCCUUUUCAUUUUCAAUCUGUAAAAAUGUUUCUUGUUCUAAUAAAGGGCACCUGUGUGUCUUGAAAUCAGU